UUCAGUUCGAGGGAGUGGGGCGGGGGAUGGACAGAGGUGCUGGAGGUAAAACUUCUGGAGGAGAGAAUCUGGCUGGAGGAUAGGAUGGAAGAGGUGCGAUGCCUCCUGUCCAGAGAGGUGGAUGCAAAGCUGAAUACUUUUAAACAGCAGUGGAGUGUGACGGAGGAGAGGAGAAAAAGGAGGGACUUUAGAGCCUCAGAUGAGGACCUUAGAGAAGGGAAAGGAGAGUAUGUGGAUAGUCAAGGAAGUAGUGACGUUGAGGAGAAGGAGACACAGGGGGAGAGUGCAAGGGAAAGGGCAGAGGCAAAGGCAGAAAUUGACAGCAUGAUGGACAAGAUCGCGAUGGAGAGACAGGAAGUUGAACUCCAAAAAAAGAGGUUGGAGGAACAGGUGGAUGAAAUGAAGAGAGAGGAGGAGCGAAGACAGCAGGAGCUGAAGGAGGAGUGGGAAAAGAUGGAGGGAGAGAAAAAGAAGGUGGCAGAGGUGAGGAGGGAGAUGGAGCAGAGGGAGCUGGAGAAUCGAAAUGAGAGAUUGGAAGAGGAGCUCAGGAAGGAGAGAGAGAGUGAGAGCAGGAAGAAGGAGUUGGAGGACGAGUGGGGAAGGAUUCAGGCAGAGUGGAAGAAGAUAGAGGCGGAGAGGAAGGAGCUGGAGAUUCAGAGGGAAAGGCUCGAGGAGAAGGACAGGAAGCUGAAGGAGAAAGUGCUCAUGAAGCGCCAGAGUGCAGAACUGAGACAGAAGGAGCUGCAGGAAGAGAGGAGGACUCUAGAGGCCGAAAAAAGGGCAAUGGACGAGCAGCAAGAGAUGCACCGACUUGAGGGAGCCAAGAGAAAGCGAGAACUGGAAGACGAGUGGGAAAAAAUCAAUGCGGAGAAGAAAAGCUUGGAGGAAAGGAUCGAGAUGGUACAGAGACAGGUGGAGGUCCAGAAGGAGCAGCUCCACGAUAAGGAGCGCAGGAUGAAAGAGAGGGAGGCUCAGAGAAAAGAGAAGGAGAUGAACAGAAAAAAAGAGGUGGUGGAGGAAUGGAGACGGAUCGAGGAAGAGCAAGGCAAAAUGGAGGCCCAGAAAAAGAGAGGUCUGGAGGAGGAGUGGAAGAAGGUCGAGGAAGAGAGACAGCGCAUGCAGCAGAAGCGGGACACGGAUGAACAGGAAGUGAAGCAACAGAAGGAAAGGAUCCAGGAGAAGGAGAGGAAGCUGUCAGAGAAGCUGACGCUGCGGAGAGAGAGGGAGGCACUGAGAAAACAGGAGAUGGAGGAAGAAUGGGCAAGGGUGGAGAACGAGAGGAAGAUCAUUGAGCUCCAGAAACAGGAGGUGCAGUUCCAGGAGGAGAAGCUGAUGAAGACCAAAAAGAAGAGGGAGAACUAUGAGCUCAAAGCGGAGGAGCAAGCCGCCCAGAGGAGGAGGCUGGACCAGGAGGAGAGGAGGCUGGACAGGGACAGACUGAGAGUGGAGACAGAGCAGAGGGAGCUGGAGAUGCAGAGAGAGAGACUGCUGGCCAAGGAGAGGAGGAUGAAGGAGAGGGCAACCGUGAGGAAAGAGGAGGACUCUGCGCGUCUGAGAGAGCUCGAGGACGAGUGGAGAGAUCUGGAGAGGGAGAAGAAGCGAGGGGUUCAGAAAAGGGAGCCGCUUCGUCCCAUGGAUUAUGAUAUAUUUUCGUCCGUGGACUCAGACGAAACUGACUUUGGAGAUCUGGACAUCUAUCUGAACACUAACACCCAGUGUCACAUCUUACCCAAGCAACAGCAAAGCGCCACCCAGUGGAGCUCAAGGGAAGCACAAGGGGAUGCAGAACAUUCCUCUCCGUGGGAUACUGAUGAAAACGACUCUCAGCCGGUCACUCAGAAAAAUAAAACCAAACGUAUAUCCCCUCCAAAACAAUCACCAGCUGAGACACUAGAGCCAAACACCAACCACGCGAUGAAGCCAGCUGAGAUACUAGGGCCAAGCACCAAUCACGGGAUGAAGCCAGUGAAAGAGAAAGGCAGUGAGAAAAGGACGAAAACUGAUAAAAAGAAAAAGAUUGAAAAGGAGCUGACUGUUGACAACGUGAUCAAUAAGGAACUUGAGUUGUUCAAACAAGAACUGGAAGCAAAAGUGCAAAAUCAAAAACGUACAGCGAAGGCAGUGACAGAGACGCUGAAGCCAGCUAAGACACUAGGGCCAAGCACCAACCACGGGAUGAAGCCAGUGAAAGAGAAAAGCAGUGAGAAAAGGACGAAAACUGAGAAAAAGAAAAAGCCUGACAAGGAGCUGACUGUUGACAACCUGAUCAACGAGGAGCUUGAGUUGUUCAAACAAGAGUUGGAAGCAAAAGUACAAAAUCAAAAACGUGCAGCGAAGGCAGUGACAGAGACACUGAAGAAGGAGGAUGACAUCGAUGCUUUGAUCAUGGAAGAGAUGCAACUCAUGGAACAAGACAAAACAACAAAGACAAAGAACAGAAGCUAAAAGGCAGACUAUGUUGCCCAUGUUAAAAUUACACUUUGUAAGGAUGAAUGUGAUAUUGAAGGCAUUUAAUGGAUUUAAGAGAAAAAAAAACUGCAAUACUUGCUGAUGCUAACCAGUCCCAACUGUGCCCUUCUAUGUGAUCUGCGGUUUCAGCAAUCCUCUCAAGUUAUGGCCUCAACUGUUUCUAAAUCAUAAUUUAAAAAUAAUCUUAAACCCAACGACAACAACAGAAUCAGAAUUACAGUACACUUCUGGAAUCCCAAAUGUAUUGUCAGUCCUCUCUCUCAGCCUCUCUCCUUCAGUCUGAUCAUUUCAUCCCAGUCCCUCUCUCGCACCUGUCCCACUCCAAAGGCCCACAGCCAGGGCCAUUACCCCAGCCAACCCUCUCUCUCCCCUCACGCUACCCGUGCCUGAUGCCCGCA